UCCAUGUGCAGCAGUGUGAGCCCGUACUAUGAGGUGAUGCGCAUGGAGAGACGUCUGCGGUCAGCCUCUGAGGGUGCAGGAGGACCCAGACUUCACCUCAACCUCAGGGAUCCUCACUGCAUGGAGGGCAACACUUUAUACAAGCAGAGAACCAGUUCCUCAUCUUCCAAACUGGGCAGCAUGGAUGUUUUGAAUAACCUUGGCUCAUCUGAGUUGGAUGAGGAUGACCUGAUGCUGGAUCUUGACCUCUCUGAUGACCAGCGACCUCAACACGCCUCACGGGAGGAUUCCAGUCAAUCCCUUGCAUCAUGCCUCAACCUGCUGCCCUCACCCCUGGAGGCCUCCACCGACAGGACCCCUGGAAGAGAGCCCAAGGAGAUCCCCCUCAGGGAGAAGCGGCCAAUGUCCCUCUUUCUGUCUCGUGAUGAUGAACCUUUGCCCGGGCUGGAAGCGUUGCCGUUCAGGCUGAUGCAGCAGGACUGCACAGCGGUAAAGACUCUUCUGCUGCGGUUACGCAGGACCCUGCAGGAGAGCACUGAGAUCAGUCCUGCCAGCAGCCUUCACUCUCUACCCAUAAGCCCCUGCAGUGAGAAAUAUCUCCCCUUUAAGGAUCCUGGGAGAGAAGAGAACCAGUUCCUGCAACAGCAGCUGAAGGAGAAAGACGAGCUGAUUGUACGACUUCAGGCUGAGUUGGAAUCCACCCAUGCUGCUCUGAAAUCUCUUUGCCAAAAAGCUGACAAAAGCACGCAGACAGAUUUCUUACUCUCAGAGGCAGUCCAUCCAAGUCGACCCACAGGCCAAAACAGCAACAUUCCCAGCAGCAGCAGCAGCAGCCUCACAAGGGAGCGAAGGCUGGCACGAACGUCCGCUGCAGACCAGCACAGUCGGCCUUGGGAAGAGAGGGCUUGCAGCAAUGGCGGAGGAGGAUUGCGGGAGCCGCUACGGAGAGCUGAAGGUGGGCAGUCUAUGUCUGAGGUACCGGGGCCCCGGAAGACGGAGCACCCGGGGCCGUCUCAGAUCCCUCGGGCCGUGGCCGGCAGUAGUGUGAGCCUCCACAGCAAGGCCAGUCCCUCAAGCAGCCUGUCCUCAGACAGCGAACGGGGGCCGCGGAGCGAGCGAGGCCCUAUUCCCAGGCUUCAGUCCUCCUUUACUGGCCGUCUGGGUCAACCGCCCCGUGGGCCUCUGUCUUUACACAUGUACAGCCGAAAGAACGUCUUCCUACAGCACUCGCUCCAUACAGCCGAACUGCAGGCUCUUGCUCAGCAGGACGGUUGAAAACACACACACACACACACGCGCAUACCGAACACUGACACAUGCCUCAGAUGGAUGCAAACUCUCGGUGCAGUUCCUCAGUGACCGCAAGUACCUUCAGACCCACUUGUACUCAGUUACAUUCAAGGCUAUUUUUCCUCUCAAACCUCAAAUGAACUUUAACCGCACACCGAGACUCAUCUUAUCCUUUGUGGAGUUAAAGUAAUCAUCUAUAUUAAGAGUCAAAACCAAUCCGUCGUCUGCACUACUUAAGCCUUUUUGAAGAAAUAGUAUAUGCUGCUCCGAUAAGUACUUUAGAUUGACGGUCUAUUAAGGUGAGAGAUUCACUCGCAACACUAUCACAUUGUACAGCUCUGCUGAAAUGCUAGAGAGGAUGUCGAUAUUUUGUGUUCCAUUAUAUUAUUAAAAGAAAUCCAGGGUCCAACAUUAAUACUUAACAAGACUCAAAUUCAAGUAAAAAAUUGGUUUUGGCAAGUUAAUUUAACAAUUUGGUAACCCGGUAACUCCAUUAUGAACUAUAACAUAGUGCUGUAAGUGAUCAAUUAAAUUUCGGACAUAAGAACAGUCUAUUAAAACCAAAAGUUUCUUGUGUUUUCCAGAUCUCCAUUUGGUGACAAAUUACCGUUCAAAUGUUUGGAGAUUUUUUUUUUAUGCGUCUUGAAAGAAGUUGGUUAUGCUC